CCAAUCGCGUGUCCCCGCUCUGCCCGCGGCCCCGCGCCCCAGCCUGUCCCCGCGCGGCGCCGGGCGGCGGCGGGGCGCGAUGCAGUCGCUGGCGCAGGAGAUCCGCAGCUUCUCCCGCGCCAACCUGCGGCGGCAGCGCACCCGCGUCACGGCGUUGAGCGGCAGGACCGUCAUCGAGACGUGGCGCGGCGCCUGCCUGCAGCAGGAGGAGGCGGGGACCCUGCCCGGCGGCGGCUUCGUGCGGGACCUGCGCGCAGACCUGCAGGUCGGGGCGGUGAAGCCCUGGCUGCUGCUCGGCUCCCAGGAUGCCGCGCACGACCUGGAGACCAUGAGGAAGCAUAAGGUUACUCAUGUUCUGAACGUGGCAUAUGGAGUCCAAAAUGCCUUCCUCGACGACUUUGUAUACAAGACUAUUUCUAUUCUGGACCUCCCAGAAACUGAUAUUACCUCCUAUUUUCCAGAAUGUUUUGAAUUUAUUGAGAAAGCCAAGAACCAGGAUGGUGUGGUACUGGUCCACUGUAACGCAGGAGUCUCCCGUGCAGCGGCUGUAGUCACUGGUUUUCUAAUGAAUUCAGAAGGACUGAGUUUUGCUAAAGCCUUUUCCUUGGUGAAAAAUGCAAGGCCUGCGGCUUGUCCGAAUCCUGGCUUCAUGGAGCAGCUUCGCAAGUACCAGGAACAGACCGUAAAGGCAAAUGGAAGCAUAAAUGAUCAUGACUGAUCGAUAGGGAGAGGUCAAACCAUCUGGUUUGACUGUACGGUAACAGGUGUUGGCUGUACUUCAGUCUGUUGUUUUGCAGACCCCUUUCACAUCUGCAUUUUAAAGGCCUUACAUGUUUUUUUUUUUUUUUACCCCUCUGACCCCCUUUUUUUGACGUGUAGUCUAAAGGCCAAAGGGUAUUCCACCAACUGCAGAGAUUACUGCCCAAGAACAAGCUCUUCCUAGAGCGCUAAUAAAAAGAUACAGUUCAAUUUUCCUUGGAAUAUAAAAAAAAUAAUAAUUUUUAAUUGAAUCCUCAGAGAAUGCAGGCAAUAGAGAAAGGAAAUAAAAUAGUUGACAUAAAUUGGCCUGUUUAAUACUAACCUAAAUCUAUGCAUUCUAGUGGGUUUUAAAAUCUAGGUAAUAAAAUGUUCAUAUAACAAAAUACUUGAUAUUGGAUUUUCAAUUUAUAUUGCAACUGAAGAGGAUUUUAUGGAAUUUGUGGGCUAGCCAGCCAUUAAAUAUUUUUGAAAAUAUAAACAGACGGUCUUUCGAGGAUGCUCCAAAUAUGCAGGACAUUUUAGUCCUUCAUAUCUUUCUACUGUUUCCCAUCAAGUAACAAUUGAAGUGCACUAACACGUUUUCAAAUUGCUGGGACCAGGCUGUCAGUAUUUUUUGUAGCUCAUUUCAGUAGAGAUAGGAGAAAUGUUUCCAACAACCUCUCUCUAACUCACUGCAGCUGCCUUUUCUUUGCGUUCAGCCCUCAACUGCUGCCCCCUCACACUCGGUUCCACAUCAUGUACAAAGAACAGACAUCGCAGUUUGUAUAACUGUGACCCUCCUGGCAAAUCUCGUGCUGGAGUAACUUGUCUUCACAUGGCAUGGUAAACUCAAACAAACUGCAGAAGAUUUUAAUAGUAUUUUUGUGGCCUUCAUGCCAUUUCUUAAUGGUUUGAUAUGUUAAUGUGCAAUAAAAUAAAAAGAACAUUGUGUUUGGAUACAUUUCGUGUUAAA